UAGUCACCGGGUGCGGUAAUGUUGGAUGUAACGUGCGGGUUCGCACGCGGAAGUGCGGAAACGUGACUCACGUCACACAUACACAGUCCAGCGGUAAGACUGUCACAGACAGAGCCGAGCUCCUGGAGCCUCUCACAUGGAUUAAUCCGAGUCUGUUCGCGUUUUAGUCUGACUUUGAGCAUGCGAACGCUUCAUCCGGGGUUAUUUUCUGUAGUCUGGAGUUAGAGGAACUCAUGACUGAGUGAUAUUAUCGAUGAUAUUCAGCUUGGCAAGAUGCGCGUCCAUGUCCUUGCUGUCCUCACUGCAUUCACUGUACUGAGUGUACUGAGAAGACUUACAGAUGCUGUUGCGGCUCCUUUCGGUGUGUCUGUGAAGUGCGACAGUUAUGGAGUGGUGGUGGAGUGGAUGGCUACUGGUCUCAGUGAACAAGCUGACUUCCUGUUAGAGCUCAAAGCAGACUCUGGGGAAAACGUCUCUGUUAACACAAAGGACCUUCGAUACAACAUCUCCGACCUGCUCCAGGAUACGGCGUACAACCGGUACUUUGUGAAAGUGAAGGCCAGAGAUGGUGGACAUGAGUCUGAGUUUGCAGAAUCGCAAAUAUUCUCUUUCAAUUACCUUCGUCCCACGAACAUCACCUGUGACCUCGAGUUCCCCACAGUCGAGCUGUCUGCUCGAGACGGAAAGCUGUUUGUCGAAUUCAUCAACCCUUUGCACCUGUACAGAGACACACCUGCUCUACGGAAACUCAAGAACAGCGACACACUGACGUACACGCUCAGCAGCGAUAAGGUGCGUGAAGAGUUUACGUGCUCUGACGAGUUGGAGAAGUGUGCGAGCAAUGUGUCAUUCCCAGAAGAGCAAGAGGAAUACUGUAUCAGACUCUCUGGAAGGAUCAGACAAACUCGUGUACGGCAUACGAGACCUUACUGUUAUAGCGGCACUCUUUAUCCUGGUCCACCGAUCUCCACGAUCCUCAUCCCGGUGCUGGUGGCUAUCACAGCGGUACUCAUUUUGGCAUCGGCCACUGCGUUUCUGGUGAAGCUUUGUGAAACUAAAUGCCACGAGUGCAACCUGUCCAAAUUUCCACGAGUUCUGGAGGACAAGUUCACACACACCCUUCUGAUCACGCUGGAGCCGGAACGCGUGGAAAUUCCCAGAGUCGAACCGGCUGUCGGAAUUCCCAUCCUGCCGGAAACCUUCUCCAACAUCACCGACCUCAAAGGCCGCGACGAGGACGAGGACGAGGACGAGGACGUGGACGUGUGUAGAAGCUCGGGAAGCAGCGAGCCGGACCCGAGUUGUUACACGGACAGGUCGCACAUGUACGGGACCGGAGCGGAUCUGUCGAGCAGCGACUUUUCUACGGGUUACGACCAGCCGCACGCGCUCCCAGAAAUGAGCCUUUAAGGCAUGGUCUUGAAAACACGUUCGUCUGGAACCUUGGACAAUCGAUUAGAUACACGUCUCCGGUUCGAACAUUCUGUCGUCCCGGACGACAGAAACAGAUGUGAUGGAGAGAAUGUAAAUAAUGUAAUGUGUGUGUAUAUAUCUCUCUCAUUUCUCUGCUACAGUAAUAUUUGAUUUAAAGACAGUACAAAGUCGUUAUCUGAAGUAGAUCAGCAGGACUGACCGUUUCAGCAUUCCAGUGCUCUGUUCAGUUUCUGUCCUGACACACCUACAUCGUAUAACUGAGACCGUUUAUCACGGCCUGUCAGGCUCAAGCAGGUCAUGUGCUUAUAUACGGUGGGGGAAAUGAGUACACGUAACUCUAUUUACGGACUUUAAUGUCGAUGAACGGAUUUCUCGAGUUAAUACCGAUGCCCGUCCGAUACUUAUUUCCCCCAGUGUAUAUAAAAUGUAUAUAUAUUUGUACGUGUAUAUAUAAAAAUCUGAUCAGGGUGCUCAGGGACGUCUGGCGAGUGGAAAGGACUCACUUGUUUGAUUCGCUUUAGACGGUACUUAUUUUUCUAGUAUAACAGUAUAUAGUAUAAACUUUCAACUCGUACGUUUUAACUCGUUCCAUUCCGAGACCGAAUCGAAUUAACGCCCGCGUGAACGUCGAACACGUCAAGUGCCAAAUGCUUAACGGGAACGGCGUGACGAUGACGAUCUGCGAGAUACGCGAGCCGUAACGCGCGGAGGUCUCGGCAUCGGACUAGCCAGCCGGUUUGAAAGCCCUGUAUUAAACUUAUACGCCACUUCGAUGUUCGCUCGCGGUUGCCCGUUGUGUUAAAUAUAUGGUAAGUGCUGCAGCAGCCUAUAGGUGACGUGUAAAGGGCGUCUUUUGCGAGAUGCGUACGAAGUAACGCGCGCUAGCUAGUUUAGAACGAAUUCAGAAUCAAGAUACGGAAACCCCAAGAGCAUCUGGCUAAAUUAGCUAGCUAACGUUACGUUUAAUUACAUACGGGUGUUUAGUCUUGAGAUGUAGAACAUUUUCAGAUUGCAGGGUUAAUCAGUUUUUAACAGCACAAUUGUUUCCUCUUAUUUAAGUCGUUUUAUUGAGGACUGCUUUUAGUUUUGAAGUCUCUGUCGCCAUUUUGUCGUAGCUACGGGUCUAGCGACGGAAUAAGCUCGGGGCCGCUCGAUCGUCGCGUCAGGACGCGCCAGGUCAGAGCCGAACCUCUCUAGGGAUAAACUGGAACACACGCUUGAAUGUCAGGACGUGGAUUUUGGGAUAUAAAUGGGUGCAGUUUUACGACGGAGAAUAAAACAGGGACAAGGGUUACGGACCGCUCGGUGUCAUAAAGCAACGUUUGAGCAGGUCGCAAUUGGGUGUGGAGCUGAAGGUGGAGUCUGGGUGGAGUCUGUUAAACACGGACAAAUCCUGUACAGCUCGAACGUCCAGGAAAAUGAAGAAAACUCUUUUUUUUUUUUUUCUUUAAAUUUGUUUAUUUAUAUUCUUAGAAAAAAAGGGGUCGCAUAUAUGACCUUAAAGGGUGUUUAUCUUUUUUUUUAUUAUUGUUUUAUUUUAUUUUAUGUUCUUUAUUGUACUGAUGUAUCAAAAAAGAAAAUCGCCUCACAUCGCAACACUGUAACCAUAGCAACAUGUCCUAGCUUUCCAGUCCGAGCUAGUUUGCCGAACAGAUUAAUAAUGUUAAAAUGAGGACUGCGGCGAUGAGGAGGGGUUUGCCGUUAAAACCUCCAGAGACCGAUGCAGAGAAUGUGAGCUGCUUGAUAAAGUGGGACGUGACGUCACAUCACACACCGGUGAACGUCCCAGAAACAGACAUUACUUUGUCCUUCGUACUGGUUCCACCUCAGCCACCUUUUUUUUAUUUAUUUUUUUUAUUAAAACCUGAACACCUCUUUCAGCACAGCUACAUUUCACGUAAACCGAGCAAUGGUGCUUGAUGUGGAAAACACCAACUAUAAAAGCACCCCAAGGGUUCUCCAGCCGUCUUUCUGGAGAACCUAAGAAGUCGUCAUUCUCCAAACGUGGUGACCUUCCAAGCAGUGAAACGCUUAAAGUCUGAAUCCUCCUAUUCUAUUUAGAAACAUUAACCAACGAAAGUCUUUUUAUUUUAUUUUAUUUAACUGAAAAACCAAUGUUCUCUAUGUUUAUUGUGGUGCCAUUACUUUAAGUCACCGCGGUCAUGAGCUGUCAUCGUGUCGGAAGCACGGGCUGUCACAGUGACACCUUCCAAUAAAGACUGAAGUAUUUGAAGUAGCGUCUCAAAGCGCACGCCGUUAAUCACACCGUCAACACGACGUCCUAGCCAACAGUCUUAGAAGGGUGGAACAGCGUGAAGCCGGUGGUUAGAAUGAUCUGAAUGAUCCACCACACACGGAUCUACAACAUACAAGUUCCUGAGUCGAGCGUCGAGGAGAACUCGCCUGGCGAUGGCUGGAACGGACACUCCGCACUCAUCAGCACUCAUCCGCACUCAUCACCGUCAUUCAAAACUGACACCAAAUGACAUGUAAUGCAGGGGGAAUGUUUCCUUUAAAACGACGUACGUUAUUAAAAGCCUAUUAUUAUUCUACUAAUUUACAUAUUCGGUAGACGUCAUACGUUAUGUUCGGCUUGAGACGUUGAACUGAAUGAAGAUUAUGAAAGAAAUAAAUAAAGAAAGAAAUAAUGUAUACACACAUUCCCAGCACAAGAAAAUAACGUACACAGUAAUAAACACUCGACCCAGUUGUUUUGGCUUAGAAAGGAUUAAAGUUGUAGGUUGGGGUCGGUUAUGUGGGGCUUCUUGAAAUGAUCAAGGGGGCAAGCGGCAGGUCAGUCACCAGAUUCCUAGAACCCCUGUUUUGGGAAGAAGUCUUCAUCAUCCAAAGAUAGAGAAUUUUUCAGGUUCAUAUUUCUGUCUGAGGUUUCCUUUCCUCAAUCCGUACAGGAUUUCUGUGGUUGUUGCAACCAAAAAAAAAACGCUCGAUUGUUCUAGUCUCUUUUUUUUUUAAUUAUUACUAUUGUUAUUAUUAUUAUUAUUAUUAUUAUUAUUAUUUCCGAUGCGACUUGAAUUUUUUGAACUUGUUUUUUUGCAGGAAACCACAGUCGCACGAAACGAGACCUUUCAGCUGCACUCGCGUCCGGCGCACGUGAAUCUAAGAGGGCUUUAGCUGAGCGCGCGUCGUUGAUGUCACGUCCUCGCCCGAAUCUGCAGAAAAUCUGCGGUAAUUU